GUUUUUAUUCACUAAAAGUACUAGUAAGCGCGCGUCUCCUAGAUUCUCUUAGUCGUGGUGUUAGCUGUGCGUGCCCCACAAGUAGUAUGUCUAUAGUAGAUGAUGAAGAAUUUGCAACUGGAGAUUCUGGGGCUUCAAAAACUUUACCGAAACAGUGUAGUUCUUUAAGGAAAGGCGGAUAUGUCGUAAUGAAAGAUCGUCCUUGCAAAAUCGUGGACAUGUCUACGUCAAAGACCGGGAAACAUGGCUCUGCGAAAGUGCACAUAGUUGGGAUCGAUAUAUUCACUGGUAAGAAAUAUGAAGAGAAUCGCACAUCAUCACACACUAUGGAUGUACCUGUGAUAAAAAGUGAGGAUUAUCAACUGGUGGAUAUCAAAGACGGGUUCUUGUCACUAAUGGGCGACGAUUUAUGCGUCAUCGAAGAUAUUCCCGUUCCUGACAAUGAAGUUGGAAAGGAAUUAAAGGAAAAAUGGAAUUCAAGAGGGGAGACAGAGAAUAUGAUUGUCACUAUAUUAUCUGCUAUGGACGAAAGGCAAGCACUAAAAGUUCGUACUACUUCAGACAAGUAAACAGAAUCCCAUUUGAAUAAAAUUUCACACGACACUAAGUAAAAUUUUUUUAUUAUGUUUGAGAAAAAAAUAUAUUUCUAGUGUUAUUUG